AUGGACGACCUUAGCUUCGCAGCGUUGUGCGACGACUUUUCGCAGCAGCCGUGCGGCGAUUUUUUGCAGCAGCCGUGCGACCAGCUUAGUGCGAAUCUAAUGGACCUGCUGCAGCCGCCCGUUCUUCCGCAAACGUCGCUUGACGAAUUCGACCCAUCUUUUCAAAGAAUCGACGGCUGGUCGUGGCCUGGGAACAAUCUGGACGGUCCGCAGCAGCCCUGCGAGAUGGAUUUGGAGUUCGACGCCGCAAUGGCUGCGCUGUUGGCGGAACCCGCGGUGAGAAUCCCCUGCUCCGCGCAAGAACUCCGCGCACCUGUACCAUCGGCGCAAACUGCUUCCGCGCAAGCCUCCGCGCCCGGCGCGGGCGCGUCUCCGGCAAUUGGAUGGCGCGCGCCCGCAGAAGUCCCCGCCGCAGCACCGAGUGCGGUUCUUUCGCCGAAGCCCGUCGCAACCGUGGCGGAAGCUUUUGCGCUGGCAGCCGCGGGCGCGGCGGGCGUGGCGCAAACGACGGAACCAACAGCCGCGCUGGCGGAAGCUGCGCCUCCCCUCACGGCCACGGCAGGCACUGCAAGCACAGGACUUCGCGAUAACAGCAGUCUAGGGUCUGAAGCAGUCAUGGUGCCGCCAUCAGCGGAGUAUAUCAACGCGGAGUUGCUACUGACGAUGCUGCUGCUGCAGCAGCAGCGCACUAAUAGCCUCGCGGGGACGGAAGGUAGCAGUCUCGCGCAGGCAGUUGUUCUCCCCACAGCGACAAACGGCGGUGCUAACGGUCGUGUUACUGCCGGUCUGCAUGGUGGCGGUGGCGGUGGCAGUGGCGCGCAGGCAGCUGUGCUUCCAGCGAACAACGACGCUACCUUCAAUCGUCCUGCUGCUGCUAUGCUUGGUGGUGGUGGUGGUGGCAAUGGUGGCAGCAGCGGCAGCGUCGCUCUGCAUCCGUUCGAUGUCAUGCUGGGAAUGGACGGACAGGAUCGCUCGGGAGGAGCAGGAGCAGGAGGAGCAGCAGCAGCUGCGCCAGCAGCCGCAGCAGCAGCAGCAGCAGACAUGGCAACCGGAGCAGCUCAAGUGGAUGGCACCGUAUCGGAUGCUGCAGUAACGAGGCUUCUGUUGGAGUGGAUAGCGAUGCAAGACAUGAAUGCGACGGGCACAGGCCCUGGAGGCCCCCCCUUGCAAUUUCCCCACCGCCUCUCCUACCACCCUCUGCCCCAAAAUAUCAUCAGAAAUCCUUCCGCCCCAUUUUCCCCAUCCCUUCCCCCGGCCCCCGUGCCGCCCACUCCUGCCACUUUUCUUCCACGAGGCUCUCCGCCUAUUCCCCUCCCCGCGCCGCCGCCUGCGCCCCAGGGCAUUUCUGGCGGAACGAGUACUGGCGGGAGUGCUGGCGGAGCGGAUACUGGCGGGAGUGCUGGCGGGGCAUGUAGUGGCGAGAUUGCUGGCGGAAGCUCUGCUGCAGCGACCAUGGGUGCGGGGACGUCAGGAGGGGCGGGUGUGGUGUCAGCGGGGGCAGGAGAGGCGAUGACGUUUGAGGCAGCGGCGCAGCAGCUGUUCCUCGCCACUGCGCCUGCUGCGCUGGGAGGGAGGCGGGGAGGGUGGGCGGACGAGGGGGGUGCAGCUGCGGCGAGGGCAUCAGGGGUUGGAGAAGGAGCGUUGCCCUGUUGUGCUGCUGCGGUGGAAAGAGAGGAGGAGCAACGAGGGCGGGAGCGGAAUAUGGAGAGUAGCAAUGGGCCAAGCGAGGGCAAUCACCGUGGACAGGCGUUGCUACAGAUGAUCGAGGAUAUGGAGCAGCAGCAACAGCAACAGCAGCAGCAGCAGCAGCAGCAGCAGCAGCAACAACAAGAGCAUGGGGCACAGUACGAGCAAGAGCGUGAAACGCAGCAGCAAGGGCAUUGGCAACAGCAGCAGGAGAAGGGGGGGCUUGCGGCGUCGCUGGGGGGGUUGACGAGUGUGACAGUAACGAGGGCUCUGAGCGCGCUGGGUGUGGGGGAGAGCAGCAGCGGAGUGGUGCAGCAGGUGGGCGGGGUGAGAGGCCGGGACUGGGACCACCCGGGUGCAUCCUCAUCGCCCUUCAAGCAAGUGCGAGUGCAUUCCCAGGCGCAUUCUCAGGCGCAUUCUCAGGUGAAUUCCCAGGUGCAGCCUAGCAGGAGUAAGGCGUCCCUCCCCACGCAAGCUCGCCGCACCCCUGACCUGUCAGCACGACUGAAGGGGCUCCUAGGGGUGAUAGGCUCGGGAAUAGGUCCGGUAGUGGAUGUAGCAGCAGGUACGCACGGUGCGGGUCAGGCAGCCGAAGCUGGGUGCACAGCAGAGGGAGGCGAAGAUGCUUCUAUGGAAGUGCAGGAGGGCGGGAUGGGAGACGUGAAUGUGACUGCAAGGGGGGGCGCAAGCUUUGCUAGCAGCACGGCUGCAGGAGGGACGAUUGGAGGCGGGUUCUUUGGUGCAAGUGCCAGCCUUGGUUUCCAGAGGGACUUUGGCUAUGAGCGAUGGAAGGAGCAGGUAAGGGUGCUGCUGGAAGGAAGUGGGAGGAACGGGGGGAAGCAGCAGCAGGAGCAGCAGUGGGGCCAGCAGGAGCAGUCGAAUCAGCCGAAGCAGAGGCGCAAGCGAGGGGAGAUGAGUGCGGAGCGGCAGCAGGAGGAGGAGAGGAGGCAGGAGAGGAAGCUUCUUCAGAAGAUGCUGCAGGCUCUGCCUAAAAGGCAGGCGCACCAACGGCUGUUGCUGCAACAGCUUCCGCUGCGACAGCAGCUGCUGAAGCAGAGCAGCAGCAAUACACAAAGUAGCGAUGGCAGGCGCAACAGGGCUGGCAGUAGUGCCCUCGAAGCACCUUCAAACGCCAUUGCAAACCCCAGCCGGCCGCUGAAACCGGAUGUUUCUGGGCUGCUUCCUGGCAUGGUGGACGGCGGGAAGGAGAGGCACCUGUGGUCGCAGCUGUCAGCGCUGGCUGAAGCUCUCACCACCGACGAUUCGGUGCGGUGGCGGCACUUCAUGCGGCAGGUACGGAGGGAGGCGGCAGCGGGGGGGGACACGCUGCAGCGCAUCGCCUUCCACGCGCUGCAGGCGCUGCGGGCUCGCACCGAUGGCACCGCCAUCCAGCAGUUCAGUUGUGCCCGCGCUUGCUCUGCCGAGCUCUCUACUGAGGUGUCUGCCCACGUGUGUUUUGGCGACGGCACCGCCAUCCAGCACCAGCAGUUCGAAUACCGUCGUGCUUGCUCCGCUGAGGGUAUCAUGGAGCUGAUGGGCCACGACAGUGCUUAUAGCGUGCCAUCCUUUAUGGAGUACAACUAUGCGGCACAGGUGCAAGAGAUAACCCAAGCCUUCAUAGAGUCUCCCGGUAAUGCCGCUGCCUCACCAGCAACGGCACCAGAAGCAGCAGCAGCUACAGGAACUUCCGCAGCAGCAGCAAGGGAUGCAGUAGGGGAGGCAGCUGCAGCAGAAGAGGAGGCAGGGAGUGCAGGGGCGAGCAGGAAGAGUCGGGUGCGGCGGCGGCGGCUGCACAUCAUAUCGCUGGGUUUCUACCCUGGGCCCCAGUGGGUGAACAUCCUCAUGCGCCUCUCCGCUCACUUCUCCCAACUCACUGCCCUGCCGCCUGCCCAUGCUGCUGCUGCUGCUGCUGGAACUGUUCCGGCUGCUUCUGCUGCUGCUGAUGCGGCUGAAGCUGGUGCAGGUGAGGCCACGCCCAAUUCCGAAACUGACACGAGAGCCAGCAGUGAGACUGGCACUGCGUCGGGCCCAGCCAGCACCAGCAGUGGGAAGGCUGGGAGCAGCAGCCAAGGCAGGAGUGAGGGUGAGCAGAGAGCGGGUGCGAGCAUGUCCUCCUCUCCCUCCCCUGCCUCGUCCGCCACUCCCUUGGGUUCCCCACCCACCUCCACCAGAAUAUCUGCUCCUACCACUGCACCUCCCACUUCUCUUGCAUCCUCUGCAGCACCGCCCUUCUCGCCUGCACCAAGAGGCACUACAGCUAGCCCCCCUGCUGCUCCCUCCCCUGCAGGAGACGCCAACACAGGCACCAGCACCCGGGGAUGGGAGCGACCCUACCCAUCGCCCCCCACCCCGCUGCUCAAGAUCACAGCCGUCGAUUUCUCCACAGUGAAGCUCUCAUCUCAACGGUCAGGAAUGGUCUAUCUGGGCGGGCGGUACCUGGAGCAAGUAGCUCGGAUGCUAGACAUCCCCUUCACCUUCCAGGGGGUCGAAACCGCACCGGAGGAUUUCCAUCCGUCAAUGGUGGAAGUGGAAGAAGGAGAGGAGGUAGUGGUGCUAGGCAAAUGGUCUCUCCACCUCUUCCCAGACAACUCAGUCCUCCGAUCAAACCCCAGAAACGCCAUCCUCAAGUGGAUUUAUGACCUCUCUCCUCUCCUCUUUCUGCAUGUCGAUCUCGACGCGGAUGCCAAUGGGCCCUUCUUCCUCCCGCGCUUCCAGAACGCCGCGCGCAACUUCGCAGCGAUCGUCGAGUCGCUGGACACAAACCUCCCGCACUCCGCGGCACCGCGGCAGGCCUGCGAGGCGUUUCUAGCGCACGACAUGGUGAACAGCAUCGCCUGCGAGGGCACACACCGGUGGCUGAGGACCGAGCGGCUGGAGCAGUGGAGGAAGAGGUUGGAGGCGGCAGGGUUCCAGCCGAAGCCGCUGCAUGCGGACACGGUGAGUGCGAUGCGGGCGGUGACGGAGGGGCGGGAUAGGCGGUUUGAACUGAAGGUGGACGAGCGGUGGUUUGGAGCGUCGGCGGAGCUCAGGUGGCGAGGCACGCCCACUGUGUUUGUGGCCGCGUGGCACUGA